CACCAUUGCCCCUACUGCGGCUACUCCACCAUUAAGACUACAAACCUUAUAAGACACAUCCAUACCCAUACAGGUGAAAAGCCCUUUGCCUGUCCUCACUGCCCAUUUCGAGCUACUCAAGAAGACAAUCUAAAGCGACAUGUGCGAACGCAUACUGGAGAGAAGCCCUAUGCCUGCUCUCUCUGCUCAUACAGAUCAAGGCAACAAAGUAGCCUCAAGAGACAUGUGUAUACACAUCACAACUAAGGUGUCAGUGGACCACAACAUCCUUGGCACCUCCGAGGGCAGACCAACAAAGACCAUAGGGAUUGCCGAGGCAAUAGGAGCUACAGGCUGCAAGAAUUUCUCCUCUGCUACUCCCAAGAUCCGAUCCUGCCCCUACUGCCCCUUCACCACAACCAUUGCCACGCAACUCUCGGAGCACCUGCGGAGCCACGCAGUCAGAGAGUUAUUCCCAUGUCCGCACUGUCCUUUUCAAUGCUUUCAGGUGGAGAGCAUCAGGGCUCACAUACGGACACACACUGGUGAGAAGCCAUUCGGUUGUGCCUACUGUUCCUAUAGGUCAGCACAGAAAGGGAACAUGAAGAGACAUGUGUUAAAGCAUCAUACCUAAGAGAUCUUACAUUAAUACUUGCAGUGAAUAAUACAGCAGGUGUGAGAACAAUUCAGAAGUGUAGCAAUUGUAGUGUGCACUGGUUAUAGUGAGAGUGAAGAUGAGGUAUGGAUGUACAUAUGAUAAAUUAUCUGCAGAUAUUGAAAUAAAUGUUUCAUCACAUUCCCAAAUCUUUGUUUAAUGACUUCUUAGCCUCUCAUUAAAUUUUGAAAUGCUAAAAUAUAUAUGAAUGAUAAUUUUUUUUUAGAAACCUUGAACACAAUAUCCCAUUAAGACUCAAACCUUCCUGAAAUAUAACACCUAUCUUUAAUGAGUAAAUUUGACAGUAAUUAUUAUCAGUUAACGUGUUAUAUAAAAGCAAUCUUUUUGUCUUUUUAGAAAAUUAAGUACUUUUCCAAAAAGGAUGAAAUAAUUUUCAUCAAACUUUAAUUCACAUGUACUGUUGAAUAUAUGUUAACCAAUGAACUGGAUUGAAACCUAAGAUAUCAAAAGAAAUAUUAUACAAGUAACCUAUACACUUUCUUUCUUUUUUUUUUUUGUUACUAUGACAGUACUAACUUUAUGAAAGUAUCUAAAAAAGAUUAUUUCUUUAUUCUCAAAAGUAAAUUAUUCCUUACCUUAUUACCUAAUGGUGAAAUAUGUUCUCCACCAUUCAUUCAUAAAUAUACCAAGAAUCAUGUGAUAACAUUCACUAGACAUUUAUGAUAACAUUAUUUUUCUCCAUCAUUUUCAACCUAUAAUGUAUAGAGAACAUACAGAGAAAGACCAUUAAUUGUUUUUUGCCAUUCAGAAUACUUAGAUUUCUAUUAUGUAUAUGCACAUUAGAAUUUUCUUUACACCUCUCUGUAUGUUGAUGAUAUUUUCUCUGUUUCAAGCCAUUUGUGAUGUUAAUUCUCUAAAUUAAUUUUGCAAAAUAUCUUUUUACCUGUUUUCAUUUAACACCAAUAUCUAAAAACUGCCAAAAUUAAUAGUUCAUAGGAAAUAUAAAUUUUGUACUUAUUAUCUGUAAGGAUGUAAAACAAAGAAAUAAUGUUAAUUUU